GCAAGGUUCUACUAUAAUGUAGCAGAAAGCGACCUCGAGUUGCAGUGGGAGGCGGGGGAUGCCAUUUCAAAGGCAAUAUAAGCGGCGCUCGUUGUGAAGGAAACUUCAUUAAGAAUGCACAACUGAAUGCCCUGAAUGAACUCUGGAGGCAGGCAAAUACAGCGAAUCAACCUGUAAAGAAGCUGUCAGGGCGCAGCGCGCGGGCGCCACACGGAUUCGAUGGGAACGUCAAAGUUGCGCUCGGAGGUGAGAUCUCCCUUCCCACGAAGCGCGUGGCGUCGGCAGUAGCACCGUGGGGGAAUAAGAAUUCCUGCGAUUCCUUUAUUUAAAAAGCCCGUGUUUUCAGCGAGCAGCAUGAGCGUGCUGUCGGUAGUCGUGUCACUGCUGCUUUCUGGACUGCUGUCCGGUUCCGCGCGCGGUCGGAGCGGUGCAGAAGAGAAACUGUGGGAGACGCUGUACUCGCGCUCGCUCGCGCGCAACCCAUGGGAGAAGAGGGACAUCAGUCAGGACAGGGACUAUCUUACGGGAAUCAAAAGACUCCGACGUCUCUACUGCAAUGUGGGCAUCGGCUUUCAUUUACAGGUGUUACCGGACGGGAAAAUAAACGGAACACAUAACGAAAACGGAUACAGUCUCCUUGAGAUCUCUCCGGUGGAUAGGGGAGUCGUCACCCUCUUCAGUGUACACAGCCGCCUCUUCGUAGCAAUGAACAUCAAAGGGAAUCUCUACGGAUCUAGUCAGUACAACAGUGAGUGCACGUUUAGGGAGACUCUCCUGGCCAAUAACUACAACACGUACGAGUCUGUGGCCCAUCCAGCCAUGUACGUGGCACUGAGCAAAACAGGUCGAGCCAAGCGGGGAAACCGGGUCACCACAGCGAUGACAGUGACCCACUUCCUGCCCAGGAUGUGAACACAGAAACGGGAUGUGGGAUCCCAACGGCACUUUACACCUCCUCCCACCAACACAUAUUUACAUCCCUUAUUUAUGUUGAUAUCGGUUAUUUACAGUAUUUAUUGCAAUUUUCAAAGUGUAAUGUGUGAAUGGGAACUGGGUGUUAAACAUGUUUUCUUUAUAUGUGUAUAGAAAACCACGAUAUGCUGCUACAUGGCAAAGGGAUAUUUAACAAUAUAUGUUUGCACUGUGGAAGUGCAGCAUAAAAUUACUACACUUUAAUCAUAUACUUUAGACAGAAUGGAAGAGGAUUGUGGUUAUAGGACAGCUGCUAUAACUGUUAUACAAAUAAAAGCUUAAAGCUUCGCUUUGGACAUUAAUGACUUAAAUCAAGACCAAAGACGUGAAAGUGCUUGGGCAGCAUUUGAACAUGGAGGAACGUGGCUCGUGCUGUGAUUUCUGGAAUGGCUUUUCCAAGCAAACAUUCCUGAACAACACUGCUAAAACUUCCCCAAAUUCAGUUACACCAGCAAUGCUAAGGUAAACAUUUGAAAAAUAAACUACGGCAACUUGCUAAUCGUGAGACUUGUUUUAACCGUGGCAGGGAUGUCUUGGAGAUUGCUGUAACUGACCUGUUUUCAUGUUAAUCCAAGCUUCUCUACCUCACUGGAAUGAUGGGAUACAGAGCGGCUGUUCUGGAUCUUGGCGAUUUUGAACAAUUUGUGAUUCUUUCAGUCAUUUUUUUAAUCAGACAAACACAAUCCAUUCUUAAUCCAUUAUUACAUAUAUGCUGGAUGGAGGUUGAAGUCAGUUCUGGAUUACAGUUCUGAUUUAUGGUUCAUAACCUGCAGUGUGUUUUAGGUUUGGAGGGAAUAUUAUGGGGUUAUUCAGCAGUUAGUGCAGAUCUGUGUGUGUGUGUGUGUGUGUGUGUGUG